AUAGUGUGUUUGCUUUUACUCUCCUUUCCAAAUACAAGACGCCAACACACUUAUAAACGGAUACGGCUCCUUAGAGCUCCCAGAUUAUUCCAAUAUUGCUUUCUUAUUAAGCAACUCUUUGACAUCUUAAUCUUCUUCUUCCUUGUUACUUCACACAAUCCCUCUUCCAUUUCGAUCUUGCAGUGUUACAAUAUGGCUGAGUUUACCCUUGAAGCCGUGCUUAGGAAUUUGAACACACUUGUUCAAAAGGAGUUGCCACUAUUUCUGGGUUUUGAUAAAGACUUAGAAAGGCUUGCCACCUUGUUCACUACAAUCAAGGCUGCGCUUGAAGAUGCUGAAGAGAAACAAUUCUCAGACAGAGCUAUGAAAGAUUGGCUGGGAAAGCUAAAAGAUGCAGCACUCAUCCUGGAUGACAUCAUUGAUGAGUGUGCCUAUGAAGGAUUGGCGUUGGAGAACCAGCGGGUCAAGUCUGGUCCAUCAGAUAAGGUACAAGGCUCUUGCUUAUCCUCUUUUAAUCCCAAGCGUGUUGUUUUCCGUUACAAAAUUGCUACAAAAAUGAAAGGGAUAAAUGAGAGAUUAAUUGAAAUUGCUGAAGAAAGGAAAAAGUUUCAUUUGACUGAGCUGGUUCGUGAGAGAAGAAGUGAAGUCAUUCAGUUGCGCCAAACUGGCUCUUCCAUCACUGAAACACAAGUCUUUGGAAGAGAAGAAGAUAAGAAUAAAAUUUUAGACUUUUUAAUUGGUGAUGCUACUCAUUCAGAGGAGUUAUCCGUCUAUCCAAUAGCUGGUGUAGGUGGACUUGGAAAAACAACAGUUGCCCAACUCAUCUUCAAUCAUGAGAGAGUAGUCAACCACUUUGAGUUAAGAAUGUGGGUAUGUGUUUCAGAAUAUUUUAGUUUGAAGAGAGUGACAAAAGCUAUCAUCGAAGCAGCUGGCCAUACCUGUCAGGAUUUGGAUCUAGAGUCACAGCAAAGAAGACUUCAUGAUCUGCUUCAAAGAAAAAGAUAUUUGCUUGUUUUGGAUGACGUGUGGGAUGAUAAUCAAGAGAAUUGGCAGAGGCUGAAAUCUGCACUAGCUUGUGGGGCAAAAGGCGCUUCCCUUUUAGUUACUACUCGCCUUUUGAAGGUUGUGGCAAUCAUGGGGACAUUGCCUCCUCAUGAAUUAUCGGUCCUGUCCGACAAUGAUUGUUGGGAAUUGUUUAAACACCAAGCCUUUGGACCAAAUGAGGAAGAACAUGUGGAGCUCGAGGACAUAGGGAAAGAGAUGGUAAAGAAGUGUCGGGGAAUGCCUCUUGCUGCAAAAGCACUAGGAGGUCUUUUACGCUUCAAGAGGAACAAAAAUGAGUGGCUCAAUGUUAAGGAAAACAACCUUUUGGAGUUAUCACACAACGAGAACUCCAUAAUUCCUGUCCUGAGAUUGAGUUACUUAAACUUACCAAUUGAGCACAAACAAUGUUUUGCUUAUUGCGCAAUAUUUCCCAAAGAUGAAAGCAUAGGGAAGCAAUAUUUAAUUGAACUUUGGAUGGCUAAUGGGUUCAUUUCAUCUAAUGAAAGAUUAGAUGUUGAAGAUGUCGGUGAUCAAGUUUGGAAUGAAUUAUAUCAAAGAUCUUUUUUUCAGGAUAUUGAGACAGAUGAAUUUGGCAAAGUUACAAGUUUCAAGAUGCAUGACCUUGUUCACGAUCUAGCACAGUCUAUUGCAGAAGAUGUUUGUUGCAUUGCAGAAGACAAUCGAGUAACUACUUUGCCUGAAAGAAUACACCAUCUCUUAGAUCAUAGGUCCAUGUGGAAUGUAUAUGGGGAAUCCAAAAAUUCAGUGUUGCUGCAUCCAGUCAAAUCUUUGAGAACCUAUAUAUUGCCAGAUCACUAUGGUGACCAACUUUCUCCUCAUCCUGAUGUGUUGAAAUGUCUUUCUUUGCGGGUCCUUGAUUUUUUAAAGCAAGAAACAUUGUCAUCUUCAAUAGGUCUUUUAAAACAUCUAAGGUACUUGAAUCUUUCUGGGGGUGGCUUCGAAACUCUGCCAGAAUCCCUGUGUAAAUUAUGGAAUUUGCAGAUAUUGAAAUUAGAUCGUUGCAAUCGUCUCAAAAUGUUGCCUGAAAGCUUGGUAUGCUUAAAAGCUCUACGACAGUUAUCUUUCAAUGAUUGCCAAGAACUAUCAAGCUUGCCUCCUCAGAUAGGAAUGUUGACUUCCCUAAGGAUCUUGACCAAGUUCUUUGUUGAAAAAGAAAAAGGGUUUCGUAUGGAAGAAUUGGGACCUCUGAAGCUUAAAGGGGAUCUUGACAUCAAACAUCUAGGAAAUGUAAAAAGUGUAAUAGAUGCCAAAGAAGCCAAUAUGUCAAGUAAGCAAUUGAAUAAGUUGCGAUUGUCAUGGGACAAAAAUGAAGACCUUAAAUUACAAGAAAAUGUUGAGGAGAUUCUUGAAGUGCUCCAACCUGAUACCCAACAACUUUGGAGAUUAGAUGUGGAAGAAUAUAAAGGUGUCCAUUUUCCAGGAUGGAUGUCUAGUCCUUCUCUUAAGUAUUUAACCCUUUUAAAUCUGCUGAAUUGCGAAAACUGUUUCCAACUUCCUCCAUUGGGAAAACUUCCUUCUCUAAAGAUUCUAGGAAUAAUGAAGAAUAAUCAUGUAGAAUACCUCUACGAGGAGUCCUAUAAUGGGGAAGUAGUUUUCGGAGCCCUAGAAGUUCUGACCAUACGUCAUUUGCCAAACUUUAAAAGGUUGUCAAGGGAGGAUGGGAAAAGCAUGUUUCCCCGCAUUUCCAUUCUUGAAAUUGAUGAAUGUCCUGAAUUCCUCGGAGAUGAAGUAUUGCUGAAAGGGUUGGACUCUCUCUCGGUAUUCAAUUGUGAUAAGUUCAAUGUGUCGGCAGGUUUUCAACACCUUUGGAAAUUGUGGAUUUCCAAUUGCAGAGAUGUGGGAGAUUUGCAUGCUUUAAAAGAUAUGACUUCCCUCAAGGUGUUAAGAUUGAGGAAUCUUCCAAAGCUAGAAUCAUUUCCCAACUGCUUUGGAAACCUUCCCUUGCUUUGCGAAUUGAGUAUUUUUUUUUGUUCCAAGUUGUCGUGUCUUCCAACAAGCCUAAGCCUCAUCAAUCUGCAACACUUGACUAUUUUUGGUUGCCAUCCUGACUUAGAGAAGCGAUGUGAGAAGGAAACCGGGGAGGACUGGUCAAAAAUAGCUCAUGUUCCCUAUAUUUCAGUGGGAAGUAAACACUAUAGUCCUGAUUGAGGGGAUUACUGAAGUACCGGUUAUGAGACUAAAUAUAAGACCUCAAUAUCAUUGCAAAUAAAUAUAAGCAUUUAGCAAGCGAAGAUGAAGGGGAAGAUGCUAACCAACAAGUUGCUUGAGGACUGACUCUGAGCAAGUGCCAUGUUUCUCCCAACAAAAAACCUGUUUGAGAACUGACUCUGUUGUAGAAAUAGCUGUUGGAGAAUUUCCAAUGAAAAUCACCUCGAUUUAAUCUCAACCAUAAGCUCCUCUUUCCCUCUUCCUUUCUUCCAUGUCUCUGAAUUUCUAAGUUAGAGGCUUAAUAAAAACUUGCAAGUUUCAUUGUCUU